AUGGCUGCAAUGAAUUAUGUUGUUACAGUUCAACGACCAACAGCUGUAACAGGUUUAGCAACCGGCCAUUUUACAUCUGCAAAUGAUUUUAAUUUAAUUAUUGCUAAAAAUACACAUUUCGAAAUCUAUAUUAUCAAUUCAGAAGGUCUUAAAUUAGUUAAAGAUGUUUGUGUUUACGGAAAAAUCAGUGUUAUCAAAUGCUUCCGACUAUCUAAUAUGAAUAAAGAUGUUCUAUUUAUUUUUACUGAUAAAUGUCACGGAAUGAUCUUAGACUGUCGAAAAACAAAUAAUGAUCAAUAUGAAAUAUUAACUAAAUGUCAUGGAUUAUUAAAAGACACAGGUCGGCAAGCAGUUCGACAACCGUUAUGUACGAUUGAUGCUAAACAUGGAGUUAUUCUAUUACGAAUAUUUGAAGGAGUCAUUAAAUUAAUCUAUAUAAAAGAAUUAUCUUCAAAAGAAUCAUCAUCGAAAAAUCUCGAAGCAUAUAAUGUUAAAAUUGACGAGCAAAAUAUUAUUGAUAUACAAUUUUUACCUGGACAUCAAAAGCCAACAUUCACUGUCUUACAUUUACGCACAACUGAUACAUCAAUAGUUAAUACUGAUGCUGAAGAACAUCAUCUACGCACAUAUCAAGUUGAAUUAAAAGAAAAAGAUAUUGCAAAACUAAGCUGGAAACAGGAUAUGACAUUAAGUGAAGCGUCAUUUAUUGUUCCGAUUGGACACGAUACAUUCAGUUGUCUUGUGAUAGGAAGAAAUACGGUGGCAUUAUAUAAAGAAAAUGAUCGGCCAUUAGAAAUCGAAUCAUCUUUACUCGAUGACGAAGCUUCUAUAAUUGGCUAUUGCCCUAUUGAUGACGAUGGGUGUCGAUAUCUAUUAACUGACUAUUCAGGUAAACUGUAUUUACUCGUACUUGAACGCGAUAAACGUAACGGAAGUUCAUCAACAACGAUCACCGAUAUGAAAUUGGAUCUUCUCGGUGAAACAUCAAUGUGUGAAUUUAUAACUUAUUUAGAUAAUGGCGUUACUUUUAUUGGAUCACGUUUUGGUGAUAGUCAACUUAUACGACUUCUACCUGAGCCAGAAAAUGGUAGUCAUUUGGAAAUACUUGAAUCUUAUACAAAUCUUGGGCCUAUUGUUGAUAUGUGUGUUGUCGAUUUGGAAAGGCAAGGACGGCAGUUGAUAACAUGUUCGGGUAAUGGAAAAGAUUCAUCGUUACGUUUUAUCCGAACCGGUAUUGGUAUUCAUGAACAUGCAUCGAUUGAUUUGCGAAAUAUUAAAGGAAUAUGGGCAUUGAAAGUAGACAAUCAUUAUGAUAAUCAUCUUGUUGUUGCCUUUUUUGAUCAAACAAGAUUAUUUCAUUUACAAAAUGAUGAAAUUGAAGAAGUUGAAUUAGCUGGAUUUGAUUUUCAACAUCAAACAUUAUUUUGUGCCAAUGUUAUAUCAGAUCAAUAUUUACAAAUAACGACACAUUCAAUUCGUUUAAUUGGCAAUAAUGGUAAAGAUUUACUUAUUGAAUGGACUAAUGAGCAACACGAAAUAACUGUUGGUUCGUCGAAUACAACUCAAUGUGUAUGCGCAAGUGGCAAUCAAUUAUUUUAUUUUGAAAUCGGCCGAGGUAGUCUGAGCGAAAUAAAUAAAUGUAAAUUACCAUAUAAUAUCGCUUGUUUGGAUGUCACACCAUUAAAUCCUCAAGAAGAACGUUCGAGUCUUUGUGUUGUUGGUCUUUGGACACAAAUAUCUGUUUGGAUGUAUCGAUUGCCAACACUUGAAGUUUUACAUAAAGAACCAUUGACAUCAGACACAUUGCCACGGUCAGUUGUAAUGAUAGCAUUUGAUGCUCAACCCUACGUAGUCAUCUCGUUGGCUGAUGGCCCCAUCGUCUACUAUUUACUUGAUACUGUACAAGGACUUCUAUAUGAACGAAAAAAAGUUGCGCUGGGUACGAAACCAACAACUUUAACAAUAUGCCAACGUACGGAUAUAUCACCCAUUACGACUACAUCAUCAUCAUCAAAUGAUCCAUCGACGCAACGUACAGUUCUAUUUGCAUGUAGUGAUCGUCCAUCGGUGAUAUCAUCAUCGAAUUCAAAGCUUGUUUUCUCUGCAGUUAACUUACGUGAAAUUGUUUGUAUGUGUUCAUUUAAUUCGGAUUAUUAUGGAGCCAGUUUAACAUUAGUGACUGAUAUGGGUGUUAUACUUGGUCGAAUUGAUGAUAUACAAAAGCUACAUGUACGCUCACUAAGAUUAGGCGAACCAGCAAGACGUAUUGCCUUCAUGGAAGAUGAAAGAGCAUAUAUUAUUUUAACACAAUAUCUCGAUAUGUAUCAAUCAAAUGGUAUUACGCCUAUUAGUAAACAUGCACAGCAAAAGAUUGAUUGUACAACAACCAUAAAAAAUAUUAAUGACGUUUUAUCUGCAACACAAACUGAUGUCAUUGAUUCAAUUGUGAUUUUAGAUCAACAUACACAUGAAGCUCGUAUAUCAGUUCGAUUAUUAAGUCGUGAAGAACCUCUUAGUGUUUGCACCAUAACAUUUGCCGAUGAUCUUUCAACGCCUUACAUCGCUAUUGGUACAGCCAUUAUUUUUGAAGAUGAAGAUACACCAAAGAUUGGCCGUAUUAUUUUAUAUCGCUAUAAAAAUGGUCAUCUAAAUAUGAUAACAGAAAAAGAAUUGAGUGCUGCGCCACAUGCUAUGUUAGCAUUUCAAGGCAAACUUCUUGUUGCUGUUGGAAGUUCGAUUCGUUUAUACAAACUUUCAUCACAAAAUCAUGAACUAGUUCAAUUGACACAGUAUUUAGGACAUAUCGAUUGUUUACAAUUAAAAAUAAAAGAUGAUUUUGUUUUAUUCAACGAUUUAAUGAAAUCGAUAACUGUGCUACGAUAUAAUGUUGACGAGGGAAAAUUUGAAGAAAUUGCUCACGAUGUUCAUCCACAAUGGUCAACGGCAUGCGAAUUUUUCGAUGAUGAUACAUUUAUAUGUGCUGAAGACGGAGGAAAUUUAAUAUCGUGUCAUAAAGAUAGUGGUUCAACGAAAGAGAAUGAACGGAAUGUACUAAAAGAACUUGGUUUAUGCCAUUUAGGAGAAAAUAUUAACGUGUUUCGACACGGUUGUCUUGUUACUCAACAAACAGCUGAAUCGAGUAUAUCACUUGAGACCUGUACUUUAAUGGGCGGUGUUUCAGGCUAUAUUGGUCUACUUCUUCAGUUAACGGCACCACUCUAUCAAUUGCUUAUGUCAUUACAAUUAGCGUUAGCUGAACAUGUUCCCAGUGUUGGUAAAGUCGAUCAUGGCGCAUGGCGUGGAUUUGAAUCUGAUGGACGUUCGGAUGUUUCAUGUGGUUUCGUUGAUGGUGAUCUCAUCGAAACCUAUCUUGAUUUGCCAAAAUUAGUACAACAAGAGCUUAUUAAAGAUUUGCAGGGAGAGAAUAAUAUUCCAAUAAAUACAACAGUUGAAGAACUAGUCAAAAUAAUUGAAGAACUUGCACGAAUACAUUAA